CACCGUCCCCAAACCCUCUCUCAGCUUUCUUCAAAUUUUAUUCAAUAGCUAUGGGACUGCUUGAUAUCGUUCCUGCGGGUGUAGUUACAGGCGAUAAUGUUCGCAAGGUCUUUGAGUAUGCUCGAGAAAACAAAUUUGCGAUUCCUGCUAUUAAUGUAACCUCGUCAUCGACCGCAAACGCCGCUAUCGAGGCUGCUCGUGACAUCAAAGCGCCGAUCAUCCUACAAGUCUCACAGGGGGGCUCCGCCUACUUCGCAGGCAAGGGUCUCUCCAACGACAAACAACAAGCUUCUAUCACCGGUUCUAUUGCUGCUGCGCACCACAUCCGUACCGUCGCUAAAGCAUACGGAGUCCCCGUUAUCCUGCACUCGGAUCACUGCGCCAAGAAGUUGCUUGAAUGGUUCGAUGGCAUGCUCGAAGCGGACAAGGCAUAUUUCGCGCAGCACGGUGAGCCGCUUUUCAGCUCUCACAUGCUCGACUUGUCCGAGGAGCCGAAGGAGGAGAACAUCGCAACUUGCGUAAAAUACUUCACCGAAAUGGCUAAGGUCAACCUCUGGCUCGAGAUGGAAAUAGGUAUUACCGGUGGUGAGGAGGAUGGGGUUGACAAUACUGGUGUUGACAACUCCUCCCUCUACACACAGCCAGAGGAUGUAUACGACAUUUUCGUUGCACUUUCUAAGAUUAGCCCCAACUUCUCCAUCGCCGCCGCCUUUGGGAACGUCCACGGCGUGUACAAACCCGGAAAUGUUCGUCUGCACCCCGAACUCCUCGGCAAGCACCAAGAGUACGCAGCAAAACAAAUCGGCGGCAAGAACCCUAAACCGCUCUUCCUCGUCUUCCACGGCGGGUCGGGUUCGUCAAAGGAAGAGAUCAAGACUGCGGUAGAUAAUGGUGUAGUGAAAAUGAACGUUGAUACUGAUACGCAGUGGGCAUACCUCAUCGGAAUCCGGGACUUUAUCCAGAGCAAGAGCGGUUACCUCCAAUCCCAAGUCGGCAACCCCGAAGGCCCUGACAAACCUAACAAAAAGUAUUACGAUCCGCGUAACUGGGUACGUGAGGGUGAAAAGACUCUCACUGCUCGCGUGAAGGAAGCAUGUGCAGACCUUGGAAACACAAAUCGCUUGUAAAGCAGCUAGUUCGCGCGUACAACGAUUCAUUAAUCCGGGACAGUGUAUAUGGAUCAGGGCGGAGGUUAAAUGAAAAUAUAAGUAGCAUUAGGCCAAUACAUGUGUAUAAUAUGCUCUCAUUUCUUCGAGUAAGCAAUGCAAUACAUAUGUCUACAUUUACA